AUGAGCAGCACAUUUGUUACAUUAGCUGAAGUCUUGGAGGCACGAGGGGGACCUCUGCUGGAGGAGGAGGUCUGGUCCCUGCUGCUGGGCACUGCAGAAUCUUUAGUGGAUGUCUCUUAUAAGGGUCACAACAAUAUGUGCAAUAUCAUAAGCCCCACCUCCUUGCUGCUGUCAGCCACUGGUACCUUAGCAUUUAAGAACUGUGGCCUAUCAGAUGAGGUAUCCACCUUCGCUGCUCCAGAGAUGCUGCAGGGCCGUGCCAGCUCAACUAAACCUGCCACAGAGAGGAUGCUGGUGUAUUCACUGGGUAUGACUCUCUACUGGUCAGUUGAUUUUCGCCUACCUCAAAAUCAGCCAGUCCAGUUGAGUGACCAUCUAAACAGCCUCCUCCUCAGCAUGUGCGAGGACCUGGCCCACCGCAGGGUAAAUCUCAACUCCAUCCUGGAAGCCUGCGAAUCUCAGCUCAAAGCCUCCAUCUUGCUGCCCCCCGCCAAAGUCAUCAGACAGCUGGUGGAGGAGGUUUUUCAUGAAUCAAUGGACCAGGGCUCCCUGCCAGACAGCAACGUCCCUUUGAGUGGCAGGAGCCAGAUGAUCAGAGAGAGGCUUCAUGGAAAGCGAGGGCCAUUUUCAGACUUGAGCGAAGGAAGUGCUGAAGGGAGGAGAUACUCAACGGACUCGGAUUCAAAGUCAGGGAGUUUACCUCAAAGACCUUGGAGACAAAGACCGAGGAGCUCUCCUACGCCGCUGUACCAGUCUUCUCUGGACAGACUCCCUCGUGGGGUUCGUCACAGGGACAGCAACUGCAGUUGGCUUGGUAGGAGCCCCCACCAUGACAUCUCUCCCAAGACAUCGGGCAGAUCUCACAGUCCUUCCAUCACCUUUAGUGAGUCCUCGCUCAGCCUGAGCCAGAGAAAAGCAAAGGCAUUGGGUCCUGAAUUCGUCAGAAUGCCGGACGAGCAACACAUUGUUCUUGAGCUUCCAGGAUCUAUUGUGUCCAGAAAGGGCCGUUCAUGUUCGUCUCAGAGAGAAGUGACUGUAGUGCUGCCUAACGGACAGUACGUGGUGGUUCGCUGUGACAUUAAGUCCAGAGCAAGAGAUGUGUUUGACAUGGUGGUGGCUCACGCAAACUUGGUGGAACACUUUUACUUUGGUCUUGCCUUCCUAGAUGAUGAUGAAUAUUUCUUUUUGGAUCACGAAACAAAAAUCUCCAAAGUUGCGCCUGACAGUUGGAAAAAAGGGCAGAUACUCUCCUUUUUGGUGUUUCUUCGAGUCAAAUUUUUUGUUGACGAUAUCUCCUUCGUUCUGCACAGACUGACUCGUCACCAGUACUACUUACAGCUACGUAAGGAUAUUAUGGAGGACAGACUUUACUGUAAUGAGGAGACAGGCUUGUUCUUGGCUGCUCUGGCUCUGCAGGCAGAGUUUGGUGAUUACAUGCCAGAGUUAUAUGGGAAGAAUUAUUACCAGCCAGAGCACUAUGUGUCCAAGAGGAUGCUGGAGAAGCUAGCCCUGCCCAGUGUCAAGGAGGAGUUGCCAAGACUACAUGCAAGUCACGCCCAGAUGCUGCCAGAAGAGGCAGAAACAGAAUACCUAAAGAUUGCCCAGCAGCUACCGGAGUAUGGGGUUAUGUUCCACCGUGUGGGGAGAGAGAAGAGGCCGGUGGUGGGAGAGUUGGUUUUAGGAGUCUGUGCCAAAGGAAUCAUCGUGUAUGAGAUGAAGAACCACCUUCGUACUGUCACUAGACGCUUCCUCUGGAGGGAAACUGACUCCAUAUCCACUGGGCGGCGGAAGCUGAUUAUUGAGUGCGGUGGGCCCAGCGGGAAAAAGCACAGUUUUGUCACGGAAAGCUCAAAAAUAGCACAGUACCUCCUGAACCUCUGCUCUGCACAGCACAAGUUUCAUAGUGAGAUGACGUCAAGACAGCUGAACCACACCAUGAUACCAGAUGAACACAUGGAUAAGUACAUGUCUGCUUACCGCAAUCGUAACUUGAGCCUGAAGCGGAUAUCCUGUUCGGAGAGCAUGUUGAACCAUGUAGGUCUGACACCCGGACACCCGGACUCCCUCUCCAAGUCCUGUGACGACCUGACUGCCAAGCUGGAGGCUCGGCUCCGGCAGCAGAGGGAGAUGAGGAGGGAGAUGAGCAGGGAGCUUAACAGGGAGCUGAAUGAAACAGGAGACUUCAGGGAUGGAGGGAAAGAGCGACAGUGCUGGAGCACUCCAGAGCCGAUUCCCAGAAUGAUGUCCAGCGUCUCAUUACAGAAGCAGGAUUCUGACGCCUCAUCCUCCAUACGAGUUGAUACACCAACACGGACGCCACCCGAGAGAGAGAUAGUCUGCGUGAACCUGAAGAAAGAUUCCAAACUGGGCUUUGGCUUUGUGAUAGUGGGAGAGGACAAUACAGGUAAACUUGACCUUGGGAUCUUCAUUGCUUCCAUUGUGCCUGAUGGGCCUGCGGACAAAGAUGGACGAAUCAAACCGGGUGGACGCCUCAUUUCCCUGAACAAGACCAGUCUGGAAGGAGUGACAUUCAGUGAUGCUGCUGCCAUCCUGCAGAGCAGCCCUGAAGAGGUCGAGCUCAUCGUGUCGCAGCCUAAACAAUCUCUGAAGGACAGAAACAGUUCCUUGAGUCAAAGUACUCUCGGUUUGGCGUUGGAGAGGAGCUUUGGGUCACAGACCACCCUGAGUGGCAACGAGUAUCGUCCCGCUGUGGAGGAGCUGGAGGAAGCCAUCACACUGUCCAGCAUGGCAACCCCGAAACAGAGCAGGAAGCUUCACAUUCCUGUUGUGCGAAUACAUGACGCCCAGGAUGCUUGUUCUAGGUCACCCUCUGUCUUAAGCCUUAAAGCAGCGGAGCAGUUUAUUGUGGAGCUGAAAAAAAGUGGUGGCAGUCUGGGUAUCAGUGUUGCUGGAGGAAUUAACACUAACGUGCGAUAUGGAGGCAUUUACAUCAAGAGUCUGGUGCCUGGAGGGGCUGCUGAGCAGGACAGACGCAUUCAGACUGGUGACAGACUGCUGGAGGUUGAUGGGUCCAACCUGAGGGGCGUGACUCACCAACAAGCUGUCGAGUGCCUGAAGAGGACUGGGGAGGUGGUGAACCUGCUGUUGGAGAGGGAGCCCACGGUAAUCUUGGAGCCCAAGUCCGAUUCUCCCUUGGUCCACAGUACAUCACACACACAGCCCCCCAGGACUGAGGUCUCCAUGGAAACGACCUUGAGUGGUCGAGCCAAGGACUACAGCUUUGUAACUGAUGAAAACACACAUGAAGUGGUCCUGAAGAAGAGUUUGUCUGGCCUCGGCUUCAGCUUUUACAUCUCACAUCUGCACUCGGGGCCAGACAGAGGCAGCGUGGUUCGCAUCAAACGUCUGUUCCCGGGUCAGCCGGCACAAGAGAGUGGCCUGCUGCGAGAGGGAGAUGUGAUUCUGGCUGUCAACAAAGAGCCUGUGAAGGAUCUCUCCUACCAGAGGGUUUUGUUUCUGCUACGUGGAGCUCCAUCUGAAGUUCAUCUGUUGAUCUGUCGACCGGGUCCCGGAGUGCUGUAUGAUGCAGAUAAUAACACGCUGAGUCCUGCACUGUUCCGUGAGGUUCGAUCUCGGUCACUGGACAUCCGACUGGGAGAGGACUACAGCCAGCUCCUUAAGUUUCAAUAUGAUGACAACAUACGCAUCCUGAAGCAGCCCCACAACCUGGAGGAAGAUCUGACCAACACAACAGGGAAAAGCUCAGAACCUCCUGCAGCUUCCCCAUUCCCAGAAAACCAAGAGAGUCAGGAAGGUAAAGCGCAGACCAACCAGGCUCCUCCGUCUCCUCCUCGCUCACCCCCCUCACCCACGUCGCCUCCAUCUCCUCCGUCACCGGUCUCGCCAGCCUCACCUGCCUCGCCCGCAUCACCCGCAUCGCCCGCUUCGCCUGCAUCACCUGUGUCCGGCUCUCCACCAGCAACAACAGAGCCACAACCAGCUGCUGGGAUACCAGAGGAACUAAAAGAAGCAGAAGCAAAAAAGCAGAACAAGGACAGAGAAGAGGAGGUGGCAACGACAUCAAGCUCAACUGUGAUGCUUAUGGAUGUCUGUCCUAAGACUGCUUCAAGCUCUGUAUAUGCCAGUGGGGUCAGAGAGGAGGCAGAUGGCAGUGUGACCUACUGCCUCAUGGGAAACGGACUGACCAUCGUGGCAGAUGAAGAGUACCUGACUAUCAGCUCCACACUGGAGCCUCCUCAUAAUCUUCCCACCAACAACACUCCAACAAGCAACCUCACAGCACAAGGCUCUCAAACCCCCAGCAGCUUUCAGAAUCCAAACGUCAGCUCUCACGUCUCCACUCCCACCGUCUUGCCCCUCAACCUCUCGUCUGACAGCCCAACCACUUGCUCCCUGGCCCACCCGUCUCAGCCGCUCACCACUCAGCCCCCGAAAACCAAGCACCACCCCAUCCAGCAGGGGCUUCUUCCGAGCCACUACAAAGCCAUGUCCAAGAAAGUCCGACCUCUGGUGCCUCCUCCUCAGCCUCCACCGCUGACCCCCAUCACAGCUCAGAUAAUCUCCUCUGUGCCUCCCUGUACCAGCCCACCUGCCCUGACGCUGCCCCCCACAGUGCUGCCCACUCCUGCCCAGGUCCACACACAGCUCAGAGAAGAGCCGGAGAAGAAAGAAAAGGAAUACAAGGAUGAUGAUGAUGACGUGGAUGAAGAGGAGGAAGAGAGUCGAAGAAAGGGACAAGUAAAAGAGUUUGAGCUGACAGUAGUUAUGACCAAGUCCAGGAGCGGAAGCUUUGGGUUUACCAUCACUCGAAGCAAACUCGACAACUGCUACUACAUACAGGAAAUAUUGGACAACCCAGCGAAGGCAGAUGGACGACUCAGGGCAGGAGACAGACUCAUCACUGUAAACGGGCAUGAUGUUACCAGUGUGGCAGAUGAUGUUGCCAUGACGAUUCUUAGGUCAUCUCCAAGAAGACUGAGUAUGACACUGGGCAGGGCAGUUAGUAACCUGGUGGCUCCACCUCCCUGUGACAGUCUGCCUGAUAUCGUUCUCUACAAGACACCUUCAGGACAACUAGGAAUAAAGCUGACGGGUGGCAUUGGCAGCAAAUGGCAGGGCAUCUACUGUCUGGAGGUGGUGCCAGGCUCCCCGGCCAGCGAGGAGGGCAGCGUCCAACCCAAUGAUAAGAUCCUGUACAUCAGUGGCAGAUGCACCCUGGGAAUGACCCUGGAGGAUGCAGUCAAAGCCUGCGAGAUCGCCCCUCGUAAAGUGAAGCUUAAAAUCAUCAGAGAAGAGCAGCCGGUGACCCCCAAGGCUAAGUGGAACGGGCUGUUUGACUGGAAAAAAGACAGAAAGUUCUUUGCACGUUUUGAGGAGCCAGUCUCUCCAGAGAAAGAAUCUCCCACUGAAGAUGUUGAAGCUGUGUGUAGAACUGCUGGAAAAUUCAGAUGUCUCUCACUCACCCAAGAACAGGAUAGUUGCAUCAUGCAGGUGGAGUUCACUAAACCAGAAGGAGGAGGCCUUGGCUUCGCUUUGAUUGGGGGAACAAAUGGCAGCAUGCUCAGAGUGAAGGAAAUAUGCUCUGGUGGAGUAGCAGAGCAGGACGGUCGGCUGAGAGUGGGAGAUAUUCUAUUAGAGGUGAACGGUGUGAUUGUGUCCGGACUGAGCCACAGCAAGGUGGUGGAUAUCCUGCGUAAAGCUGAGGGCACUGUACAGCUCACCAUCUGCAGAGACAUCCUGCCCCUGACCUACUCCGAGGCACCGACACCACCCAACAUGUCCAUCCACACUGAAGCUAUCUUAGCUGAGCAGCCAGCUCCUGCAUCCAGCCCAGAUGCCUGUACCUCACCAGACGUCAUGCUGAACAGGCCAGUCGAAUGCCCCCCUGAGGCAACUUCAGACCCUGUGGUUAAUGAAGCAGAUGUUGUCCUAACUUCACCACCUCCUCCACCUCACCGACUGACUGUUGUAACAGAUGAGGUUUCAAUCAAAGAGGAGAGUUGUAACAGCACCCCUUCUCAUCAAGCUUGCUGCCCAUCCCUCAAUGUCACUGACAUGUUGCAUGGAGCUUCUGACAGGAAACAAAUUGUGACCAAACUUUUGGACCAGUCCUGCAAAGACAUCCGGAAAACCCAGUCAGAUGGCUGGAGCAGCGAAGAAGAUGAUGAUGUAUUUGACGCCGCAGGCCCACCAAUAGUAUCAGAGGAGGAGCUGGCCAGUCUCGCUCUCAUUACUCCUGCAAAGACCAGCCAGUAUUCAGGCUCCAGGGUCAAAGCUCUCAUCCAGAUUCUGCAGCAUCAAUUGGACCAGCAGGAACUGGUCAAAGAGUUCAUGGCUCUGGAGCAUCUGAAGCCCUCUGACAACUGUCUGGUGGGAAAAGCCCCUGAAAACAGAGACAAGAACCGCUACAGGGACAUCCUACCUUAUGACAAAACCCGUGUUGCUAUCGGAGAGAACCAGGACUACAUCAACGCCAGCUACAUCCGCAUGCAAGUCGGAGCUGAAGAGUUCUUCUACAUCUCCUGCCAGGGCCCUCUGCCGUCCACAGUGCAGGCCUUCUGGCAGAUGAUCUGGGAAAACAAAUCUGACGUCAUUUCCAUGAUGACCCAGGAAGUGGAACGGGGAAGGAUCAAAUGUCACAAGUAUUGGCCCGAGAGGCUGGGUGUGCCUAUGAACACUGGCAGGUACCAGCUUCACCUGGACAACCAACAGUACCUGGAAUACUUCCACAUCAAGAUCAUCCGCAUGGUGGAGACAGAGACUGGUGAGACGCACUUUGUUCGUCACAUGAAGUUCACACACUGGCCUGACCACGGCGUGCCGCAUUGCUCUGAGCAGCUGGUUCGCUUCAUCCGCUACUUGAGGGUGGUGCACCACAAGGGGCCUGUCACCGUGCACUGCAGUGCUGGCAUCGGGCGCACAGGAGUUCUCAUCUGUACCGACAUUAUCCUUAGCCUCAUUGAAAAAGAUUUGCCUAUUAAUGUGAGCGACAUCGUAAAAGAGAUGAGACUUCAGCGGCAUGGGAUGAUUCAAACCAAGGAACAGUAUCUCUUCUGCUACAAAGUCUGGUUGGAAGUUUUACAGGGGAUUUUACAGCUUCACGGCAACCAAUGGCAGCCAGAAAGUCCCAGAGACCACAAAGUUGUUUGAAUGUUUCCACCCCCAGUUCACCUACCUGUAAGGCACAG